AUGGCGAAGGAUGAGAAGGUGUGGAUCCCACACAAGUACAUCAAGCUGGUGAUGGAUUUCGAGAAGAUGAGGAAAUAUCUGUUGGGUCUUCACUCUUUUGAUAUGCUGAUUUGGUUGAUGGAGGCUGUUCCAGACAUUGGGUCUCUUUUGGGUCAGAAACUGAGAGAAGGCGGAGAUGUGUUUCCAUGCAUUUCUACAUCUGGAAAUUUCAAAGACGUGAUUACGCAUGUUGAGUUUGCUCGACCCUCUGAGAUGAAGGAUGAAAGAGUCGAUCUAAUCAUUGACAUGCAGCGAAAUAAGUAUGAUUGGAGUAAGCAUGUUUGGGCUUAUAAGGAAACAGUAAAACCAUUUCAGUACAGUUCUGAGGAAGAUGGUUCAUAUGAAGAAGCGGCUGUAGAGACAAGUGAUAUUGAAAUUGAAGAUGAAAUAGAAAGCACCCGUGUGUCUCCUGCUAAGAAGAGGAAGAACAUGUUUCAGGAUACUGGUGCCGAGUCAAGGAAGAAGAGGUUACUUUGCCAAAGAUCAACCGAGAAAUAUAGAGAUCUUGAAGAGGAAAUGAAGUGUUAUAUCCAGAGUAUGUUUAACUCUUCUUUUACUGCCUUAGGGCUCGAGGUAUGCGAGUUUAUUAAAGACCGCUUUAUCAAAUUAGAGGAGAAGAUCCUUUCAUCUCAGACUCAGGGUGGUGCGCCUGCUAAUACUCAGACUCGUGGUGAUGAUCCGUUUUGGACUCCUUCUGCUGCUGCUGCUGCUGCUACUGCUUCGGUUCCUACUGAAGCACCUCCUUCGGUUUCUGCUCGUUCUCCUGCUCCUACUCCGGCAUCUACCAAAGCUCCUGCUUCAGUUUCUACUUGUGGUCUUGCUCCUUCUCACAGUGCAGCUUCUGCUCCUUCUCGCAGUUGA